GUAGCGCAGUCGGAGAGCUUCAUCGACGAGCUGAAAGUGCUGUGGUCCACCGAUCGGUGGACCGAUGGAUAGCAAUCGAGAGGUCCAGUCCGCUGUACAAGCUGACUCCGAUGAUCGAUGAGGAUGGAUUGAUUCGGAUUGAAGGCCGAACCGAGAGGGCGGAAUUUCUACCGUUCGACCUACGAUUUCCGGUGAUUCUACCGGACAACCAUCGGAUUACGCAGCUGAUCGUUCAGCAUUACCACGAGCGGAGUGGCCAUGGAUACCGUCAGGCGGUGAAGAAUGAAUUGCGGCAGCUGUUCUACAUUCUCCACGUCGAUGCUGUAGUUCGGAAAGUGGCAGCUUCCUGUGUAUGGUGCAAGGUAUAUCGAUGUCGUCCGGAAAUUCCAAGAAUGGCGGCACUGCCAGUGCAGCGACUAACGCCGAAUCUACGGCCGUUCAGCUACGUCGGAGUCGAUUACCUGGGGCCGUUCGACGUGACCAUAGGGCGCAGAACGGAGAAGAGGUGGAUCGCGCUGUUCACCUGCAUGGUAACACGCGCAGUGCAUCUGGAGGUGGCGUUUGGACUAACGACGCAAUCUUGUUUGAUGGCGAUACACCGGUUCAUCGGCCGCCGUGGCUGGCCGGUCGAGUUUUUCUCGGACAACGGGACGAAUCUCCGAGGAGCCAGCAAGGAAGUAGUGGAGUCUGUGCAGGGCAUCAGCGAUGACUGUGCAGACCAACUGACGAACGCGAGGACGAAGUGGACGUUCAACCCCCCGGCCGCACCGCACAUGGGUGGCGUUUGGGAGCGGUUGGUACGUUCGGUGAAGGAAGCGCUCACCGCGCUUGAUGACGGAAGAAAGUUAACGGACGAGAUUCUGCAGACAGCGAUCGUUGAAGCGGAGGACAUCAUCAACUCCCGUCCACUGACAUACGUGUCGCAGGAGUCUGUAGAAGCAGAAGCACUCACUCCAAACCAUUUUCUGAGGGGUGCAUCUCCGAACCAACCGUGUGUGACGCGGUUUCCUCCUCAACCAGCGGAGGCCCUUCGGGACGCGUUCCAGCGUUCGCAGCAGUUAGCCAGCGUAAUUUGGGAACGAUGGAUCAAGGAGUACGUGCCAUCGUUGAACCAGAGGACAAAGUGGUUCGGCGAAUCGAGGCCAUUGCGAGUUGGAGAGGUAGUGUACGUGGUCGAGGGUGCUAACCGGAAGUGCUGGGUCCGUGGAGUAGUUGAAGAGGUCAUCGCGUCCGGCGACGGAAGAAUCCGUCAAGCGUGGGUGCGUACCAGCACUGGAAGGUACAAGCGAGCAACAGUGAAGCUGGCCAGGAUGGAGAUAGACUGUGGUAACCCUGAGCCGGAUGAGGCCUCCGGGACAGAGUUACGGGCCGGGGAAUGUUCUGGCAGCACUGCACGAGCGCCGGUUACCACACGGCAUGAUUUGGACGAUGAGGCAGCGAGCGUAAGUGUCGGUUGACAGGUGUCAGAGUGACAGUAGAGAUGACAUGAGAAGGAGAGAGAGACAGAUAGCUGUCAAAGGUAGGAGGUAAAUAAUAAGGUAAAUAAAAACAAAGAAAGGAAGAAAGUGAAUUAGUUGGGAAGAUUCCAUUUUACGAUUGCGGAUGUUAGAGGUAAAAAAUAGAAACAGAAGAGAAAAGGUUUAUUUAGUGAUUAGAAAGGAGUUUGCAUUAAAGAUAGUUUUGUGGGUGAUCAGUUGCCGAAAUACGGAUCAGGUUCGGUUGGACGAUCACAUACAAAUAUCUAUUUUCGAGCCGCGGAUGUUGUAUAGGUUGGAGUGGUUGGACAAUUGAGACCCGACGGAAUAAGACAGGUUGGACAGCAGACUCUGAAACUAGAACUCAGACACGCACGACGAGGACGAGACCGUCUACACAGUGGGCCUAAACUGAAUUUAAAAAGGACAAAAUUCGUAAGUUUAAUUUUCUUGAAUUUGUUUGAUAUGGCCUAAAACACAAAUGUAACGAUUCAAUAGGUGAUUGCGUCGCCUGAAUAGGAAGGUGGAAGGAAAGCCGUUUAGAGGAGGAAAACAAACUAAAAUUGUAAGUGUUUACUCAUUUGAAUUAAGAAAUGCUAAAUUGUAUGAUUAUUGACGAUACGGUUAAUUUAUUAAUUACAGUUUGAUCUGCCAUAACGUAAAACGGCUGAUUUUCAAAAACGGUUUGUUGAUCCGAAAUUCCGACCCGAACACACUGCGUUGUGCAAUAUCGUCAUCAGAAGGCGCUAGUGUGAAACGUCAAACGCAAAGAAAAACGAUGGGCGCUCUUCUGGUUAUGAAAGCUACAACCAAGAUUCAAAAUGAUCGUUAAAGGCGUGGUCAAUGAAAAUUUCGUCAGUGUUACGUAUGUUUGUCUGUAUACAUACCAUGACAAUGCUCACGAAAAAGCAAAAAAAUACUACCGCUAUGGAUAUUAAAAAUUGUAUAGUGAAUUUUUUCUUCAGCCACCCACCAACACCAAACUAGUCAGUUAAAACUAAUAAGUGAUUUUGUUUAUUAUAAUCUAACGAACAACAUGAACAAUCGCUUUCUCAAAGGUCUUCAACUCAACGCUCUCUUGUAGACCGUUUGAUGAAAAAAAAAAUGUUCAAAAGAGUUACGAAAUCUCACCGAAAGCACCAUAGAUAAACCCAAAUGUCCACGCAUUUGCACGUCCAGCCGUCUAGAAUUUGACAAACGAGCCAUCUGUAUAUCAUCGGUAAAGCAGGGCGCAGGAAGUUCAAAAACGACAACAACUGAGAAAUUGCCAGAAGUGCUACGUGCAGAGAGUCAUGCCACCGUACCAUCAGCGACAUCUGUUUAAACAAUUUAAUUACGCCCCUUUUCAAAAAUGCUUUGAAAUAUUCUUCAACAUCUAUACCCAUUUCAAUAUUUUUAACGUUGCAAAACAUGAUUUCAACAUUCAUCUUGAAGAAGAGGGAAAACACUUGUCCUCAAAUGUAACAGCAAAUUAAUGAAUAAACGACCAAUGCGCGGAGAGCGUGAUAAAAUCGGAACAUUACUGUGCAUAGUAUAUUAUAUGUAUACUAGCUGUACCCGGCAAACUUUGUCUUGCCUACUGCGUUUUUUUGACGUUUCAAGUUUCUAUCCAAGACCAAGUCCCCCCGGUCACAAAGUAUGGAUGUUCAAUUUUCAAAAACUCUCAUUUUUUCCAUGCUUUUCACCUCAUAAACCUUCCUUGGGUGAAAACUAACAGAACAAAACUAAGACGAUCAAAAUCGGACCUUCCGUUUGCAAGCUAUGCGCGGUCCCACGUAUGCCACUGCAUUUUUAUAUAUAUAUAGAUAUAGAUAGAUAUAAUAUAUAAUAAAAACAACUUGUUUUACUCACGCAAGGCCAUUAACAAUAAAAUCAGCAUCAAACUGCGAUUUCCGGUCGAAAUAAUUUACACUAAAAAAAAUUAUUACUAAAUGUGAAAAUUGUGAAAUGUUUGAAUUGUCAUAACUUUUUUGUUAAUAAGUUUAUCAUCACCAAAUUUUUAUGGUAGAUUGCUAAUACAAUGGUCCGUUUUCUCUAAAAAAUUACGUUGGUAAAAAAGUAGGGUUUUGAGAUAUUUGAGUUUUUGUGACAAAAAUGAUAUUUUUUAAUGUUAAAAAAGAUUUUUUUUCACAGUGUAUAUUUUCUUAGGAAUCACCAUAUAGUUGUCUAACUUUGUUGAACAAUAAAAUCAGCAUCAAAUCGCGAUUUCCGGCCGAAAUAAUUUACACAGAAAAUUUAUUUUUUUACUAAAUGUAAAAAUUGUGAAAUUUUUGAAAUGUUAUAACUUUUUUGUUUUUUAGUUUACCAUCACCAAAUUUUUAUGGUAGAUUGCUAAUACAAUGGACAGUUUUCCCUAAAAAAUUCAAGUUGGUAAAAAGAUAGGGUUUUGAGAUAUUUGAGUUUUUGUGACAAAAAUGAUAUUUUUCAAUGAUAAAAAAGAUUUUUUUUCACAGUGUAUAUUUUCUUAGAAAUCACCAUUUAGUUAUCUAACUUUGCUGAAAAAUUCAUAACAAUCGAACAAUCCGUUUUUGCUGUGCAUAUUUUUGAAUAUUUUUGAACCAUUUUCACAUACACCCUUUUGAAAAGUUAGUCGUGGCUCUAAAUAAAAAUUUGAUAUCGAAAAAUGGCGAUUUAGAUGGAACUGAAAAACUGUGCAAAGUUUCAGUUCAAUAGAAAAUCAUGAAUUAAAAAAUUUCCUUAAUUUUGAUGCUGUUGCUUGGAAUCGCUCUUCUGGUGACCCAAAAUCAUCUAUCGAUGAACCAUCGACAUCAUCCGUCGAUGAACCUUCUGGUAAACCAUAAUCACCUAACGAUGAGCGUCUAUUAUCAUCUAUCGAUGAACCUUCAUCACCUUCUGGUGAACCAUAAUCAUCUAACGAUGAACCUCCAUAAUCAUCUAUCGAUGAACCAUCGACAUCAUCCGUCGAUGAAUCUCCAUCACCUUCUGGUGAACCAAAAUCAUCUAUCGAUGAACCAUCGACAUCAUCCGUCAAUGAAUCUCCAUCACCUUCUGGUGAACCAAAAUCAUGUAUCGAUGAACCACUAUUAUCAUCUAUCGAUGAACCUUCACCAUCAUCUAUCGAUGAACCUCUAUCAUCAUCUAUUGGUGGACCAACAUCGCCUUCUGGCGAACCAACAUCAUCUAUCGAUGAACUAUCAUCUUCUGAUGAACAGCUGUGACGUAUUGCUUCCUCUGUUAUUUCACCUUUCGAUGAAUUCAAAUCUCUCGAAGCCUCACUUUCCUGAGAAAUAUCUUCCCCUGAUUCCAUGGCGAAGUUGGAUGGAGUACACACUGACAUGACAACCGGUAGUUCCCAAAAGGGCUCACCGCAGAUUCGCUGUUUCUUAACCUGCUCUUCAUCAUGCCGAAUUUGAAUAUCUUCCUUCAACUGCUGAAGCCAGGGAAGACCGGCUCGUUGUCGUUUCACUCCGACACGAUUCUGCGUGUCUGUGUCCAUAAGACUGAAUGGCACACGCAUCAUGCAAUCAUAACUUUCGUUGGUAGUGAGGGCUACGUCCAGGGUUGUGCAGUUUCAGGAUGGUCAAUGUCGAAUGACACUCGCUCUAACCAUCACUUCAUACGACAAACGCAGUCCAUCAAAACAUAAUCGAUUCACGCAAAAGCCACUCAAGCCAAUCCUCGUUCAAUGCAGAGUCAACCACAUCCAACAGCAGCGAUCGACUCUUGUUUUCGAACCACACGAUGAAACACCGAAGCGAGUUUUUGUUCUACGCUUUGCAUUCUAUUCAUAGGGCGUGCUAUGUUUGUGUUUGCUGCGCCAUGCAAUACUACUUAACAAAUUGACCUUCAUCCUGGCAUUUUCAGACGAGAGUCACCCAGCAGUGAGUGAUAUAGCUCUGCGUCGGAACGACUGUUAAGAAGCGUUCGGCUACUCAAGAGAUUUGCAGAGAAAGAGCGUGGCGGCGGCAGCCACCGUAUCAAUGCGUUCGUCUCGAAUGUGUUCGUUAGCAACAUAGAGACGGUCGGAUGUAGCGUUGAUGGAGGAAGAAGGGCAAUGUUGAUGUUGCGGCUUUUUUGUGUUAUGAUGGUGAUAAUGCACAAGACUGGCUACGUCACACUGCUGGUGAUACUUUGAAGUGUUUGUCGUCACAUGGGCUGUCUCCUGUGGUUUAUGACAAUACUCAUCGCAAAAGCGGCGUAUGUGACCAAGUUUGCCACACUCGUGGCACCUCAGCAUUUUGCGAUGUUGCUGCUGCUUUGGUUUUGCUUCCUUCUUCCAACCAUUUGUCAUUCUAUAAGCCACUGGUUGCUGAUCAACUAAUUCGGAUACACUGAUGUCAGCAUCAAUGAAUAUGCGCUGAACCUGAAGCAAAGUCAUAUUCAUCAGGUCGUCUUUUCUCAUAACUGCAAGAGCUCCCAAAAUAUGACUGAAUUUUUCAGGAAUAGCAGCCAAAAGAGUAUUGAUUUGGUCUUGGCGAGAAACUUCUUCUCCCAUAAGAUUAGGCUGCCGAAUCAAGUCUUCAUGUGUUGAAAAUAAUUCUUUUAGAGUCGUAAAUUUCCUGUUUUUAAGCAGGUAAAGCUGUGAUCGCAGCCCAAGCAUUGCAUUCACACCUUUGGGCAAAUAUACUUCAUCAAGUGUAUCAAUCUUUGGCAUAUUCACAGUUCAAAACAUGCCCCAUGGGUUCGUCAUCCAAGCAAAACAUCAAGUCAUUAACAACUUGAAAAUCAUCUUUAAGUCUCUUAGCCAUUUUUGCCUUAAGGCGAAACUGGAUCCAUUUCCUCAUUUUUUGGUUUUUGAUUUUUUAUUAAAUACCGAAGCAAUAUUUUCAAAAUCAGUUUUCGUGCACAUGUAGAGUAUGGAUCAGGGUAUCUUCUGAUUUUUUUACGCGAGAGAAAAUGUUUUUCGUUUUUGCAGAAACCAUUUUUGAACAAAAUUUCACUAAAAAAUGGUUUCUGCAAUAACGAAAAACAUUUUCUACAGCGUAAAAAAUUCAGAAGAUACCCUGAUCCAUACUCUACAUGUGCACGAAAACCGAUUUUGAAAAUACUGCUUCGUUAUUCAAUAAAAAAUCAAAAACCAAAAAAAUGAGGAAAUGCUUCCAGUUUCACCUUAAGCUGGUUCUCUGCUUGUGGAGAAGCAAUGAUACCAGGCGAAGCAUAUUCCUCCUCCAACGGAGUUCUCUCAAAGACAUAAAGUAAGUCAUCUAGUCUGAAAUAGUUUUCCAUACGCUUUUUCCAAAAAGGAUAACGUUUGUCAUCUCCAUUGAAUGUUGGUAGAAUCGUACUUCUCAGUCUGUUGUCCAUUAUGCAAACCUGCUCAACAACAUUCCUCACAGUAGGUCAAAAUACUUACGGAUAUCUCCGCCCGACGUCAUAAACUCCUAAGCAUUCAACUAUCUCAAAAAAAAAACAUCUUGCACUAUACAGUGCCCAUGCGGAAUUCUCCACCAGAUACCAAAUAUCAAAAUAUUUCUCACGCGGAUAACUCCACCAGAGUAAAUAAUUCAAAAUUGUUCACGCGGAUAACUCCACCACAAUAAAUCAAUUAAAAAUUUUCAUGCGGAUAUCUCCACCAGAGUAAAUCGGUUAAAAAUGUUCACACAGAUAUCUCCACCAGGGUAAAUUGGUUAAAAUGCUCACGCGGAUAUCUCCACCAGAAUAAAUCGGUCAAAAAUUAUCAUGUGGAUAGCUUCACCACAGUAAAUUAUUCAAAAGUUUCCAUGCGGAUGACUCCACCAGAUUAAAUCAUUCUAAAAUGUUCAUGCGGAUAACUCCACCAGAUUCAAUCUUUCAAAAAAAAAAAAAAAAAAUUUCCAGGCACGCGUUGCCUGGGCCCAUAACCUGUUGAAAAAUGAGAUUUAGUGGAUGCCCGGACCGUCCGACUUAAACCUCUUGUAAUUAUUACUGUGGAAAUCUCCACCAGAUGUAAUUAUUACAAGUACCAAAGCGGACAACAACGAUGCAAUUGAUGGAACAAAUAUUGUGGAAAUCUCCACCUGAAAUAUUUGUCCCAGGACCCUUUAGUGAAAAGGAGAGUUCUUUCAGAGAGAAAAACUCUACAAAAACAGUUCAUUAGAACGUUUAUUAAACUUACUUAAUGUAAGCUGGCAUAACAGCGUGAGCGCCUGAAUCGAUUAAUCGAUCUGAAUGCUACAUGAGCCAUGCCCUGCCACUAAAUGCAUGACAACCUAACUACUCUAUCGAUGCAUAAGCCUGGUCGCACAUCAGUGCAUUUGUGUGCGUGAGCACUCCUACACUGAACGAAAACCCCAUCCCGAAAUCGACUGAUUUGUCCGACCAUCCAGUCCAAAUUACCAAAAUCGUGUUUUCGAAUGACCAAUCAGUCAUACGGCAAUCAUCCCAAAAAGCGGAUGACGAUCAUCUUAUUCGCGUAUGAGUCGACGCACGCUAUGUGAAUGAAUAUUAGUUGCAGAGCGAAGGCCACACAGAUGCACCGAAUUUAUUCAUCGAUAGCGUAACAAGUUCCUUGAUCGUGACACCCGGGACAUUGACGAUUUUGUUUCGCAUGUCCUAUCCUGAACAUGUCAUAUUUUUUGAAAGGGUGCCAGCAAGGGCACCUUGGCCAUACUAAGCACAUACAGAGAUGGCAUUUCACCGUAGCGAUUCACUGCGGCGUCAGUUUAUCGACCACACUGGGGAUAGCAACAUUUUUCACCACACCAAGAAGCCAGUUUCUCUUGUUUUGGGUGGUAGGUAGACCAAGCGCUAGUGCGUGCUCUUGCUCGUCCGCCUUGGAUCGAGUGUGGCUCACUCUUUCGCGCGCAUCGCUCUCCGGCGCUCUCCCGUGUUUUCACCCAGCAGUCACCGAAUUAUCACCAUGGUGUCGCCGGGGCGAGAACUCUCCGGCGUUUCACCGCAGCGCGCA